GGGCGGUGCCUGAGUAUAUAAAUCUCCCUUCAAACAUUCGCACUUUUUUCCUGCAGGACAGAAAUCUCUGCUCUACCAGUUCCUCCCCGUCGUCUAAACCGUGAGCCACCAUGCCGACUGACCUGGAGAGAUCUAUGGAAUCCCUGAUCACGGUUUUCCACCGUUACGCCGAUAAAGAAGGCAACAGCAACACACUGAGCCGCAGGGAACUCAGACAGCUCAUCGAGUCCGAGCUCCCCACCUUCCUUAAGUCUCAGAAAGACCCCGCCACAGUGGAUAAGAUCAUGAAGGAUCUGGACGCUAAUGGAGACGGAGAGGUCAGCUUUGAGGAGUUUGUGUCUCUGGUGGUCGGCCUGUCCAUCGCCUGUGAACAGUGCUACCAGCUGCACAAGAAAGGAAAGAAGUGAAAGAAAUGCACGGAGGAAACAAGAGAAAGAGGAGAGGAGGAAAGAUGUUGAAUUUUCUACUAAAUCAUUUUAUAAAUGAGUUUUAAUAAACAUGACUGCGAACAACAA